CAGAUCAGUAAAGAUGGAAUUUGUAUUUUAGGGAAAAAAUCAUGGUGGAACUGGCAGACAUACGGAGUGAUAAAUGCAAUACGGAGUACAUACGCUAUUGAUGCAUACAUACAUACAUACAUCAAGCGCGCCGCAUGCAUACACAGAGGGCUAUAAAUUCCGGACAAGCUUGGCAAAAAGUUACUUGCAGCGCGCAGAUAUUUUAGAGGUGAAUGCUUUUAUAGGAUCGGAAAUACAUCCGGCCGGCGGCGGGCCGGUCAGCAACCACAAAGGAAUACAUACAUACACACACACAGAGGACUAUAUAUACAUACAAAUAAAUCCGGCCACGAGCUGAGCUAGAGGAUUGGUUGGGGUGGGACCGGAUAUGCCGAGGGCGGACAGAGAUGCUCUGGCAGUAGGGCGGGUUGUAGGGGAUGUUCUGGAGCCCUUUACCAGGUCCGUAAACCUUAGAGUGACCUACGGCGAUCGAGAUGUCACCAACGGCUGCGAGUUCCGGCCAUCUCUAGUUGUUAGCCCGCCUAGGGUUGAGGUUGGCGGUCAAGAUCUUCGCACCUUCUAUACUCUUGUCAUGAUAGAUCCUGAUGCACCGAGCCCAAGUGAACCCAGCCUGAGAGAAUACCUGCACUGGUUGGUAACUGACAUUCCAGCGACGACUGGAGCUAAUUUUGGACAAGAAAUAGUGCGGUAUGAGAGCCCACAGCCAUUUAUUGGGAUCCACCGCUUCGUGUUUGUGCUGUUCCAGCAGCUGGGCAGGCAGACCGUUUAUGCCCCGGGCUGGCGCCAGAGCUUCCGCACUCGAGAAUUCGCCGAGCUCUACAACCUCGGCUCCCCGGUCGCUGCCGUCUACUUCAACGGUCAACGGGAGACCGGCACCGGAGGCCGACGCCGUUAGUUCAUUCGCAAUACAUUAUCAUAAUCAGCUACCGCAACGGCCCUUUGCUUCCUCUCGAUCCCUACUAUAUAUUGCUAGAUAGCUUGUUGAAUUUUUCCUUAUAAAAAUCAUUAGUACCAUUAGUUAAUAUUAGUUAAUAUUACUACUAUAUAUUGUUACGUACUAGUACCAUUACG